AUGCAGUCGCUAGUCCUCCACCUUCCGCCCGCCUGGCGGUUUCGGCGUAUCUUGCAGGGUGAGAACCAUUGCCCGAUUUGCGAUCCGGAUGGCGUCGUCGUCGACAACCAGUGCCAGCAGCCUGUCGGGCUACCGUGGUCGCUGCCGCUACAAGAGCGGCCGCUGCCCCAACGAAGCGGGACGCUCAAGUACAACGGCGAGCAGGUGCACUCGCUCUGCGAAGAACACCGCAUUCGGCACAACCGCAACCAGCGCCGAGCCGACAACCAAGCGCCGAAAAGACCGUGUGCACCAAAAAACCUGCAGCGGCGAUUGAAACCGCGGUGGCCUGUGCUGCACGACGCGUCGCCGGCGAGGAAAGCGUCACCGCCGGAUGCGACGUGGAUGGCGGUGACAGAAUGGACAUGGGACGUCCUCAACGACGACGAGGCGCUGCCGCCGUGGAGCAACGAAGACAUCCAGCUCCUCCUCGAAUGCGUCGUUGAUGCGCCGUCGAGCCCGUUCGAGAUGCUUUGA